AUGUCUCUACUCGUUCUUUCCGCGUCCGAUGUUGAAGCCAUCACGUCUCGAUUUUCGCCUGACGACUUGACCAGUCUCAUGGCGCAGGUGUUUUAUCGCCUGUCGAGGUCCACGGUUGACUCGACCCAUUCGGAAAUACAGCAGCCACAGCGUAUUGGGCUGUCUUUGACUAACCACAUAGCUCUAUUCAUGCCUUCAAGCAUCGCCUCGAUGGGUGCCGCGGUGAAGGUCGUGUCCGUCCCUACCCCCGCUGCACCAUUGGCAGUUAAGGACCGCGGGCUUCCUGCAAGCACUGUUGUUCUUGACGGUACAUCUGGGACCGUCAGAGCUGUCGUGAAUGCGAGACAUCUCACCGCUCUAAGGAAUGCCGCAGGAUCCCUUCUGGCUACUCGACUGCUUUUGCCUCCCACUGCAUCGCCGCGAUCGCUCCUGGCAUUCGGUGCUGGUGCCCAAAUUGCUGCGCACAUUGCGCUCUUCCUGCGCUAUUAUCCAUCUAUCCGUUCUUGCGCCGUUGUCAAUCGUUCCCGCAACGCAAGACUUACCAGGCUCGUAACGAAGUUGGCGGCAGGGUACCCCGAGGUAACAUUCACUGUCGGUGUUCUUCCGUCCUCGGGCGAAGGCCACGAAGAUGUAGAUCUCGAAACCGUGGUGCAUAACGCCGACAUUAUCAUAACAGCGACGUCCGCGACGACCCCGCUCUUCCCAUCCAAGUAUGUGAAGCCCGGUACCCACCUGUGCCUCAUUGGCUCGUACAAGCCCGAAAUGCAUGAGGUCGAUACAGACCUUGUCAAGCGCGCCGGGAAGGUCGUGGUCGACUCCCGCGAUGCAUGCCUGCACGAAGCAGGAGAGCUUCUCUCCGCGGGCCUCGGAAGAUCUAAUCUCAUGGAGUUAGGCCAGCUCCUCCACCUCCCCGACUCGGACGGGGCAGGGUGGGUUGCAGAGAACGAGCGCGUGAACAUGGUCAGGGCUGCAGGUGAUGUGACUAUUUUCAAAUCCGUUGGUGUCGGGAUACAGGAUGUGGCUAUGGCAUUUGCUGUCGUGAGCCGUGCGGAACGAGAUGGCAUUGGAUCGAGGAUAGAUGACUUCGACAAUGAAUAGUAGCUAUCGACGCUGCACAGGAUACUAUACACUGUCCGAAUUGAUGUAACAAAUAAGAUACCAAGG